AUGGGCGGAAGGAGAAUGAGGAUGAUCGGGGUCGAUUAUGCUUCUGGUGACAGCCGAGAGCAACAACAUGUUUUGUGUCGGCGGAUGGACGGCGGCGAGAUCAAAGACUUGCGCGAGCCGCCAGCCGAUGUCUCCGCAAGCACUUUCUCGAACCGCCCAAUUGAAACACAUACUCACUGGCGAGUUGACGAAUGGCUCUGGGAAUCCGACACGACCGUUCUCGUCUGUGAGACCCUGCAGUGGACACUUUGCACAAAACUAUCACAAAAAUAUUCCAGGAAGCGCUGA